GGUAACAGAAGGACUGAACUCUUGGGUGAUGGCUGCUGACAAACCUUGGGCGUUGAUCUCAGAGGUUGGAGAAAAUGGUUACCGAGAAGAUCUCGCAAUGAUGAUGAAGGAGCAUUUCCAGAUUGUGCCCUUUUCUGAUUUCCUCCAAAACCCUGAUUUUUAUGGGCCAAAGAUCCAGGUUUUGUUCAGUUGGAAGUUUUGUCCUGAAGCCACGCCCUCUCUGCUGGCUCUGCUGCCUUCACUCAGGGUGGUGAGCAGCGCAGGGACUGGCACAGACCACCUCGACAUCCCAUACAUUCACAGUCUUGGGGUAAAAAUGACCAACACGCCACAUGUUGUCUCAGAUGCUACUGCUGAUUUUGCAAUGGGACUUCUUCUGGCAUCUGCCCGCAAAAUAUGUCAAGGUCAAGAAAUAGCCAAGUCUCCUAAUACUGUGAUAGUACCCCAUACCCUCCUGGGAACUGAAGUCACAGGCUCCACUCUGGGAAUCAUUGGGAUGGGAGAAAUCGGAUACAAAAUCGCCCAAAGAAGCAAAGGAUUUUACAUGAAGAUUCUUUACCACAACCGAAACAGAAGGAGCGCAGAAGAUGAGGCAGCAGUGGGAGCGACUUACUGUGAGAACCUGGACGACUUGCUGAAGAUGUCCGACUUUGUCAUGUUAUCUUUGAGAUUUAGUCCUGAAUCUGUUGGCCUGAUUGGACACAGGGAGCUGUCACUGAUGAAGCGGACUGCUAUUCUCAUCAACGUGAGCCGAGGUCUUGUUGUAGAUCAAGAAGCCUUAGUCCAGGCUCUUCAGUCUGGUGCAAUUCAAGCUGCAGCAUUAGAUGUGACUUAUCCUGAACCACUACCAAGGGAUCAUCCCCUUCUUCACUUGCCCAACGCACUGAUCACACCUCACAUUGGAAUAUAUUCAGUCAACACUGCCAAGAAGAUUUUACAGAAAAUGUUGGACAACUCUUUGGCUGCUAUUAAAGGUUUACCAAUUCCUGAUGAAGUAAAACCUCAAGGUGAUGCAUGA